UCUGACAGAGACGACCUUGAAAUGUAACAAAAGAUAUAACGCUUCGCACAAAUCUACGCUAAUUUCAAUGAAAUAUGAAAUUAACUUGUAGAUUUUAGAAUAACCUUGGGGUGAAAAUAAUAUGAUUUAACCUAUUGGAAAUAACAAAGUUUUAAAUUAAAGAGUCUAUUCUUCGUUCGAUGUCGCAUUUCAAAUAGACCUUAAUAGACUAUUGUAGUCUGAAUGGAUGACUUAAAUUUAAUUUACAAUGAGUGAUUACGAAAAGUGAGGUUAUGUUUGUCUCAAUACGUGCAAGAACAAGAUACUUAUAUCUACUUAUUUGAUAAGGCAGUAGAUCAAAACAGUUUUUCUGUUGACUGUCGCAAUGGAUACGGGGGACGAAAAAGAGUCAAACCAUAAAAUUGUGGUUGUAGGAUCGGCUAGUGUUGAUUUUACAACGUACGCUUCUAGGCUUCCCAAUCCAGGAGAAACGCUUCAUGGAUAUAAAUUUGUAACUAGUUACGGUGGGAAAGGAGCCAACCAAUGCGUGGCUGCAGCUAAACUGGGAGCCAAUACAUAUAUGAUAAGUAGACUCGGAGAUGAUAAAUGGGGAACCGAAUAUAAAAAGUAUUUGAAAGAACUUGGCGUAGAUGUUGGUCAUGUUACAUUAACAUCCAAUGUCUCAACAGGCAUUGCUCAAAUUAUGGUCGCAGAAAACGGAGAAAAUAAAAUAGUAAUCGUCCCAGGGGCUAACAAUCAUUUAAGUUGUAUAGAUAUUAAAGCAGCAGCCGAAAUAAUAGAUACUGCUGAUGUUGUCAUAGGACAAUUGGAAACACCACUUGAGUCAACACUCGAAGCUUUCAAACGUUGCAAGGGUCUGAAAUUGUUUAAUGCUGCUCCAGCUAUAAAAGAUACGGAGUUUAUCUUUCCCUACUGUUCAAUUUUAUGUCUCAACGAAUCCGAAGCUUCAUUAUAUGUUGGCUUCGCGGUUGACCUAACGAAUGGAUCUUUAGCGUUGAAAACAAUUUUAGAAUCAGGAUGUGAAAAGGUCAUAAUAACUCUCGGAGAUAAGGGUGCAAUUUAUUCCUCAAAACACGAUAACAAAUGUAUUCAUGUCUGUUGUGAAACAGUUGUACCCGUCGAUACAACUGGAGCAGGUGAUGCCUUUGUUGGCGCUUUAGCGACAUUUUUGGUGACUCGUAAGGAUUAUCCUUUACAUCAAAUUAUUGGAGCGGCUUGCGCAGUUGCAACUAUGUCAGUAAUUAAAGAAGGGACUCAAACCAGCUACCCUACUAGUUUUGAUGCUUUCUCUAAGGAGUACGAAUACAAAGAGUUGUAAAACAUUA